AUGCGUCUGUGCACGCUAUCCUCAGAAGCAGCACAAGGUUUCGCAGCGUCUGCCAGCUCCGUCCCCCCUCCGUCGUCUCAUCAACAGUAUGAGCCUGCCGGUCACUCUACUACUGCGCCUAAGUUCAGUCCGCAUUCUUCCCGCCUGGCCAUUGAAGAGCUUCGAUCAGCUCUGACCAGACAUACCGUUGAACCCUCUUCUCCCGGGCCCUCUGGGGAUCUCCCCCGCGGCCGAUUCUCCGCUGGGCUGACCACCCAUGGGGGCGGAAAUUCCUCCAACUCAACUGCAGUGGUCGCCACCAACUCUUCGCGUCCUUCCGAGAUCCCUGCCUCUACUUCUACCAACCCUCCUGCUCGCUCCUCCCCUCCUCCAAUGCCCGCCCCCAGUAACACGGGCUCCAAUAAGCGGAACAGCCAGGACGACCACAUUCCCGAUGUCAAGAGGCUGCCCGAAAAUUACGAGGAGGCUGAUUCCCGUGACAUUGUCGUUUUGAUCUCUAGCAUGCUGAUGGAGCUGAUUCGGUUUAACGAUAAGAUCCCCCUGCAUCAAGGUCGCCUGACGCGGUUCCACUCCCGGUCUCCGCCCCGGAUCUCUGUUCACGACUACCUGCAACGACUCACUACCCAUGCCACCCUCUCGCCACCCAUCCUGCUGAGUAUGGUGUACUACAUCGACCGACUAUGCGCUCUAUACCCAGCAUUCACUGUCUCCAGUCUGACCAUUCACCGAUUCCUCAUCGCCAGCGCCACAGUUGCCAGUAAAGGCUUAAGUGACAGUUUCUGGACCAACAAAACUUAUGCUCGAGUCGGUGGUAUUAGCUUGAACGAACUGGCUCUCCUAGAGCUGGAAUUCCUCUUCCGGGUCGAAUGGCGAAUCGUGCCCCAACCAGAGGUUCUUGUGGAUUACUACCAGAGUCUGGUCGAGAGAUGCGAUGGAUUUGAGAUUCAGCGCGGGGAAUAA